CUCUGUCUGAUCCGUGAUCCGACGGUUCUCUCUCAUAUAGAAUCAUCGGUUCUGUCGAUUUGCCCGGGUUCAAGUCCACUCCGCAUCUCGAGUCCACUGUCGGGCAAUACCAGACUACCGGGCAUCCCGCUGAGCCUUGCCGCCCGUGUCUCAUCAUACACGGCUGGCUCAUGGCCCCGGAUAUUUGUUUGACAGCGAUUGACCUGAGUGCCCCAUAUCUGCAUCCCGAGAACAACCGGCCUGGCCUUCGACGCAAUGUCCAACGACGGCGACCAACAUGAUCAGUUGCAGGCUGCAGCAGGGCGCUCUCCAGAUCCGGAGGCAAAUUCGCCGGGCGAGCACGCAAGGCCCAGGAAGAGGACCAGGCGCGCAUGCGACAAGUGCAGCGCGUCGCGGACACGGUGUAACGGAGAAUGUCCUUGCAGUCGCUGCGAAGAAUAUGGUUACACGUGUCGCUACAACCGUGAAGUGAAGAAACGCGGGAGGCUGCCUGGAGUUCGCGGCAAUGCUCCAAGGACCCGAGGCUCACCGCCCCCACGAUCUUUGAGUCCACUCAAGGAAUCACCUGGUGAGUUCUUGAAGCCGCAGCACGAUGCCUACAACGGCGCUGUGUCCCUCAGCAACGGGGAAAACACCCACGACGAUGGCCCUCGGUCAUCGCAGGCAAAUGACUCGGAAUAUGCGCCACUACACCAUGCCAAGGCUCUGCGAACCUCAAUGGCGCUCUCUAUUCCCGCCCUGACACAUUCCGAUGCUCAAGUGUCAGUCGCCCCUGAAAUGACGGACCGGCAAGCUUUUCGACCUCGUACCGGUUCGUCGUCCGUGGGUGCCAUCGACGGUCCCUUUCUUGACUCCGAGGUCCUCAUCUCGGAUGAAAGCGUUGGCUUGCCGUCACCAGCAAAUGGGCACGUAACCGGGCCAUACGAGUUUGGGCUCCGCCGAGCACACAGGGGAUCUUUCAGAUCUAGCACGAGCGGCGAUCGACACCGCGAGUCCGUCAGCACAGCUGCGACGUGCCCGGACGCGUUCCUUCCCGACGUAUUGCAGAGGGCGCCUACCGACGAGUGUUGUUACAAGUUUCUUGAGCCCGUUCUGCCGUACAUACGAAACAUCAUCCCCGCAUCGGUGGCCUGUGAGUUGUUGGACAUAUUCUUGACCGACCCCGGCAGUUCCCUCUUCCGCGGCGCUUCGCCGUACAUUCUCACGCGAAUCUUUCGCAAAAAGUCCAUCCUGCAUCCCGCGGCGCCUAGAUGUACUACGCCAGCGCUUCUGGCAACAAUCUUGUGGUGUGUUGCGCAGACGGCGGACGUGAUGGUCCUUCAUGUCCCUGGCACAAGGGCGCGGGUUGUAAACGACUUGUACGACCUCGCAACAUCAUUAGUGUCAGAAAGAGACCCUGAUAGAUGGAGGCGCAUACACGGUGGACUAAGAGCCGAGCAUGAGACUCCUCACCCCAAUAUCCCGGGACUCGGUGCCUUCCCAAUGACAACCGCAGCGAACGAGCCAGCAGGUGUCAUUGACGACGUGCUCACAUUCAUACUCCUUUCCAUUGCCGUCUCGGGUAGUGAUUUCAAGUCCGACUGCUACAAAUGGUGGUCAAAGGCCAUCAGGUUGGCACACUCGCUAAGGCUAAAUCGCGAAGACGAGCGCUGCCCUGCAUCGGUUUCGCCGUGCGCCAACCCACUCUGCUCUUGCCAUCGAGACCGCGAAGAUGCAUCGAUGGCAGACAUUGAGCGUAGGGAGGAGCGGAGGAGAGUGUUCUGGCUUCUGUACAGCCUCGACAGACAUCUCAGUCUGUCAUUCAACACCGUUCUCUCCAUGCCCGAUUCCUACUGCGAGGUUUUUGCGCCGCUGCCGGAGGACAUCUGGGAGGAUCUGGACUCGAUAGACUCCAAACGGCUCCCUACUCGCAUAAUUGGCCCUCCCGUCGUGGCCAGCGGCACGGGGUUCUUUGAGUACUUUCUCCCGCUCAUGGCAAUCUUGGGGGACAUCAUCGAAGUCCACCAUCGGCGGCGACAUCCGCGACUCGGGGCACAAGAAGACGCUUUCUCGGUUGCCGUCAUUCAGGACCUACUCGCCAACUAUGAGAUGAGCUUGAACGCGCUGCCGACUGACCCGGCCCUCAACGGGCAAGCGUUUGGCUUGCCUGGCCAGAUGGACCGAGAUCUCGGCGCAGGCAUCCCUACGCCAGCAAUCCACCACGGCGCAGUACCUGGACCAGGCAUUGAUACAGGCGACCAGUCGCGCGUGCGCCUCGUCAAGGCGUACAGCACACACAUCCUCCACGUAUUGCACGUGCUGCUCCACGGCAAGUGGGACGCAAUCUCCAUGCUCGACGGCGGCGACGACUGGAUCACCUCCAAGCGCUUCACCGAAUGCGCCUCCCACGCCAUCUCCGCAUCGCAGUCCGUGUCCACGAUCCUAACGAUAGACCCGGAGCUUACGUUCAUGUCGUACCUCUUUGGGAUUUACCUGCUGCAGGGAAGCUUCAUCCUGCUGCUGUUUGCAGACCGGAUGCCUCAGCUUGGACCGAACGAGUCGGUCGAGCAGGCCUGCGAAAACAUCAUCCGGGCACACGAGGUCUGCGUGGUGACACUCAGCACCGAGUUUCAGAAAAACUUUCGGAAAGUGGUCAGGUCGACGUUGUAUAGCGUGCAGGGCACGGGGACGAGGAACUGGGACGAGCACCGAGCGCGGAGGCGGGCGCUGUCCCUGUAUAGAUGGACCAAGGGCGCCAAAGGGCUCGCUCUAUGAGAGGAAAGCUUCGGAGAGCGCGAUAUAUACUUUGAUACACACCAUGGCAUGAUCGUAAUACGGCACCGUUGGUACUCGGUCAAGCCCAGCGAUGGUGACAGCAAUGACGCCGGCACUUUGUUCGGGGUCAAUAUCGACUGGAGGAGCACAAUGUCGACGCCUUUUUGAGUUGUGCUGCCAACAUGACAGCUAUGCACUUGACCGAGGGACUUUGUGCCACGUUCCCAAUUGUGACUUGAUGAUCAGAUAGAUAGAAGAAGAUUCGGUACAUUCUCCAAGGCCAUGGGACGGAACAUGAACACCC